UUCUCACAUCGCGCCUUGCUACUCCAACAUCUAACGCUGCCCAUAUAAACAAUCACAACGAGACAGGCUCGCCUAAAUCGCUUGCAAUCAUGGACGACUGUAGCAUCUACUUCUACAAUCCGUCCCUCGCGGCUGCCAUACUGUUCACGGCACUGUACGCUAUUCCUACCGUGUUUACAAUGCACAGGAUCCUCAACUUUCGAACGUGGUACUUUACUAUUGUGGUAGUAGGUGGUGUCUUCGAAGUUGCGGGUUACGCAUUGCGAAUAGGGUCCGUUAAGAACGUUUGCGACCUUGGUCUUUACGCUUCAUCCCAAACCCUAAUCAUCCUUGCGCCUCUUCUCGUUGCCGCAGGCAACUACACAUUGCUUGGCCGUCUCGACCUUGCUGUUCUACCGGUGGAGAACUCGGUGAUACUUGGACUACGACCAACCGUCCUAACAAAGAUAUUCCUUGGAGUUGACAUCAUCUCGUUCGUCAUCCAGGCCGUUGGUUCUGGUAUUGCUUCGUCUCAUGGCUGGGAGGGAAAUUCGAAGGAUGUCGGUGUAAACAUCCUGCUCGCAGGUCUGGCAACACAAUUGGCAACGGUGAUUUUCUUCCUGUUUCUACUGUGGAUCUUUUCUCAGCGCGCAUAUUUUGGACCGCAUAAGAGAGAAGGUGCACCUGAUAAAUGGGAGAAAGCAUUUGAGGCUGUUGUCUUCUCGACGACUAUGAUUGCGGCUCGCUCAGUUUACCGCCUCAUCGAGUUCGCGUUAGGUAUUGAUGGAUACCCUUUCAGCAACGAAUGGCCAUUCUAUGUCUUCGAGGCUACACCAAUGCUGUUUGCCAUAACUAUCUACUGUCUUUGGUUUCCCCCAGGGUACUUGCCCAAGAAGAGAUUUAGCGAGCUCCAGAUUGAGGAACGCCAGAAUGGAAGAGCUGUCACGGAGGCAAAGCAUGAGAGUGAAAGAUAUGCAUAGUUUGCUCGGAUUUAGUGUUUUUGUUUUGUCCGUGAGCUUCUUUGGUUGCUUGGAGUGUAUCAGGCUGGAAAAUACAUGAUACCCUGCAGAAGCGAUGGCGUUGGGAGCAGAAUAUUGGUAUCGCUGCUAUCUUGGUUCUGGUUCGCAGGAUUUUUCCAUAGAUAGAACGGGUUUGUGGAUCCUCAGAAUCUUUAAUUGAGUAAUUCGGAUAGUAUCGC